AUGGAACAGCAACGCGAACUUCUCCGUGACAUCGGCUUGAUGAGACAUCCUUUGCCCGACGACCUCAUCGAUCGGGCAAACAUCGAACACGUCCUUGACCAUGGCUAUGUUAUGAUACAGGACUGCUUCACCAAGCAAGAGGCAGAGGCAGCGAAGUCGGAAAUUGAUCGCCUUACUGGUUCAUCACCCUUGCUUGGGCGGAAUGCCUUUGAAGGUUUCAAUACCAACAGAAUCUACUCGUUGCUGAAUAAGACGAGAAAGUUUGACAAAUUUACAACUCUUCCGCGGGUGCUGGCACUCAAUGACUAUUUCCUGGACCAUGGUUACAAUAUCAGCUCUUUUCACACAAUACAGAUCAAUCCGGGCGAAAAAAACCAAGACAUGCAUCAUGAUGACGCAUUUUGCUAUGUUCCACGUCCGCGUUUGCCGCUUGGGACGGCUAUCAUAAUUGCUUUUGAUGACUUCACCCUGGAAAAUGGCGCAACUGGUAUCAUUCCUGGUAGUCAUGUUUGGGGUUCCGAUAGAAGAGGAGAGUAUGAGGAAACGGUUCCGAUGAUUUGUCCAGCAGGGAGUGUUGUAUACUUUAUCGGAACUACAUGGCAUUGUGGUGGUGCAAACCGAUCCCAGAGCCCACGUAAAAGUGCGACGGUACAAUACUGCCAGCCUUAUGUGAGCGGCGACAUUACCUUCGAUAAAGUCAAUCUCUAA